ACAGGUGUGGCCCUCUUCCCCGAAGACAGGAAGACAGGGUACCAUCGGUGGGCGUUCCGCCGCCUCCUAGAUUCCCCCGGACGUCCAGGCUCCCUAGUCCUGUUGGGCCCCGGUCCGUUUCUGCCGCCCGCUCCUAGGGCACUGGCCCAGGCGGGGCCGAUGCUGGACCCAGAUUACUUUGGCGGCGAGCUUGACUGUUCCGCUUGUCCCUCCUCCGCUGCCGCGGAGUUUGACCACGCCCCUAGUUCGUGGAUGACUCUUCUAGUUCGGAGACAUUUUCUGUUCAUCAAACUUGACUGCAUUUGAGGGGAAUCUGCACAGGUCCCGUGUGACGCUCCUGCUGCCUUUCUCUUCCAAACCUUGACUUGUUGAAUGAGCAGGCCCCCCGGGAAGAGUCCGCUGUGUGAGAUGGUGCAGCCCAGCGGUGGCCCGGCUGGGGACCAGGACAUGAUGGGUGAAGAGUCUUCUCUGGGGAAGCCGGCCAUGCUCCACCUUCCUUCGGAGCAGGGUGCUCCUGAGACCUUCCAGCGCUGCCUGGAGGAGAAUCAAGAGCUCCGAGAUGCCAUCCGGCAGAGCAACCAGAUGCUGCGGGAGUGCUGCGAGGAGCUGCAGCGUUUCCAGGGCAGCCAGAGGGAGGAGAAGGAGUUCCUCAUGCAGAAGUUCCAGGAGGCCAGGAAACUGGUGGAGAGACUGAACCUGGAGAAGCUGGACCUGAAGAGGCAGAGGGAGCAGGCCCUACAGGAGGUGGAGCACCUGAAGAGAUGCCAGCAGCAGAUGGCUGAGGACAAGGCCUCGGUGAAAGCCCAGGUGACGUCCUUGCUGGGGGAGCUCCAAGAGAGCCAGAGUCGCUUGGAGGCUGCCACCAAGGAUCGGCAGGCUUUGGAAGCCAGGGCCCGGGCAGCCAGUGAGCAGGCCCGGCAGCUGGAGAGCGAGCGGGAGGCGCUGCAGCAGCAGCACAGCGUGCAGGUGGACCAGUUGCGCAUGCAGAACCAGAGCAUGGAGGCUGCUCUGCGCAAGGAGCGCCAGGUUGCCUCGGAGGAGAAGCGGAAGCUGGCGCAGCUCCAGGCAGCCUAUCACCAGCUCUUCCAAGAUUAUGACAACCGCAUGAAGAGCAGCCUAGUGAGCAAUGAGCGAAACCGAGGGAUGCAGCUGGAAGAUCUCAAGCAGCAGCUCCAGCAGGCCGAGGAGGCCCUGGUGGCUAAGCAGGAAUUGAUCGAUAAGCUGAAGGAAGAGGCCGAGCAGCACAAGAUUGUGAUGGAGACGGUUCCGGUGCUCAAGGCCCAGGCGGAUAUCUACGAGGCUGAUUUCCAGGCUGAGCGGCAGGCCCGGGAGAAGCUGGCUGAGAAGAAGGAGCUGCUGCAGGAGCAGCUGGAGCAGCUGCAGCGGGAGUACAGCAGGUUGAAGGCCAGCUGCCAGGAGUCGGCCAGGAUUGAAGAUAUGAGGAAGCGGCAUGUAGAGGUCUCCCAGCCCCCUGCCCAAGCUCACCAGUCCUUUCACCCCGCGUUCAUCCAGAGAAGCCCCCCCGAGGAGCCACCUGACUUCUGUUGCCCCAAGUGCCAGUAUCAGGCUCCUGACAUGGACACCCUGCAGAUCCACGUCAUGGAGUGCAUUCAGUAGAGCCGCCUGCCGGCGACCAGCCCAGGACAGUGCAAUCUCCGCUUCCCUCUCCCGCCUGCCUCGUUCCAGGCGAGGUGACAAAGAGCAGGCUGCUUCUUUGAGCGCCACGAGCUAGCAGGGACUUCCGCUUCAGCUUCCCCGGCUGCUGGUUUGCCUCUUUUAGGGCCCACGGGGUCCCAGCCAGUCCUGAUGCUGUGCUCUUUUUGUCCGUUCUGUCUGCUUGAACCACCUGCCUCUUGGGCUCCCUCUUCCACCUCCAUUGGGGAAGACAAGAAUCAAGGUCAAGGCUCUCAGAGAGGAUUGCUUCCCAGCCUGAGAUGGGAGGGAGCUCUUCCUUCUGGCCCAGCUCCUGCGCAUGCACUGCGGGCACAGUCCUGGGCUACGUGCUCUUCCGCUGGGAGGCUGCACCACGGCAUUUACCUUGUUGCCAGUCUUUUUAUUGUCAUAAAUAAUGCCACAGUGAAAGUGCAUUGGCUCAAUCUUGUGUGUCUUUGGGUCAGAUUCUUAGAAGCGGCCACACUGAGCAUCUGCAAACAGGGUAGGUGGUGCCGGUGCCCCCCAGUGUGGUUUCCUGCUCUCCCCUCGUUCCCCAUAGCCUUGCCCUGGUGAGGGGUGUCAACCGGUGGGCUUUUGCCAUCAUGUAGUUCUCAUUAAGAGUGAGCGUGAGCGUCUUUCAGAGCUUCGGGGUCCUUUUCAAUUCUGGUGUGAAUGGCUUGUUUGUAUCUGUUGACCAGUUUGCUCUUGGGUUGUUAGUCUUUUGUUCCUCGCUUUGUAGGAGCGCUUUGGUCAUUAGUGGGGUCAGCUCUUCCGUGUGGUGGAAGUUGCAGUGAUCUUUUCCCACUGUGACUUGGUACUAGCGUGGUUUGGACUUGAAGUUUGUUAUCUUUGUGUAGUGACAUUUACCCGCCCUUUCUCCACUGCUUUGGGUUUGGAGUUGUGGCUACCUCAUGGUCUGAUGGGGUGCGGGGGGCGGGGGGAUGCUUCUCCCAAGUACACUUUUUAAAAAAAAAAUAUUUUUUUAUUGAUUUUACGGAGGAAGGAGAGGGAGAGAGAGAUAGAAACAUCAAUGAUGAGAGAGAAUCAUCGACCAGCUGCCUCCUGCAUGCCCCACACUGGAGACUAAGCCUGCAACCCGGGCAUGUGCCCUGACCGGGAAUCGAACUGUGACCUCUUGGUUCAUAGGUUGACGCUCAACCACUGAGCCACACUGGCCAGGCAACCACUGCUCUUUUGAACCUUCCCGUUUGCCUGCUUCCUUCUAUAGGGGCCAACUCUGCAUUCUACACCAGAGAUUUUGAACCAGGCUGUUUGCCCAGAAGAGGGAUUCUUCUUUCUUUCUUUUUGGUUUUGCUCUGGCUGAGCUUCCGGAACAAGUGGUGGGAUUCUUCCGGUGAGGGAAGUAGCUUGCCUGCCUUCUUAGCUGUGGCCCCUUGGUUCUCAUGAGCCUGGCUUUGGGAAGUAGAUAGACAGCACAUCCUACCGGAACCUAUGUUGUUCCCUGUUGCUCACACACCUGCUGCUCGAUGCUUUAAGAAAAAUCCAUAUGGCCAGUUAGCACAAUAGGAAAGCGUUUCUCUUUGACCAGUAACUAAAACAACACAGACUCCAACUGAACAGAAAGUAAUUUCAAAAGUGCAACAAAUGAUGUCUGCUGCCCUGCUGGCAAGGCACAGGGGACAGGCCUGUGGUGCCACUCUUGGGUGGACCGGUUUGGCAGAAUGGACAUUCUCAGCCUGUUUAACUGUAAGAGAUAGGUACUGUGACUCUGACAUUGUAGACAUGCUCACUGCACCAUCAUUGAAAAUUUAAAAAAAAUAUUGGUUUCAGAGAGGAAGGGAGAGGGAGAGAGAUAGAAACCUCAAUGAUGAGAGCUAAUCAUUGAUUGGCUGCCUCCUGCAUGCCCCACACUGAGGGUUGAGCCCUCAACCUGAAUGGGAAUCAAACCUUGACCUCCUGGUUCAUAGGUUGACGCUCAACCACUGAGCCACGCUGGCCGGGCUGCGUCAUCAUUUGUAGCUGCCAAAAGUUUUGGUGAAAGAGGAGGCUACACUCUGGACCCCAUGGGCCCACACAGCCAGGGUUGUGACCAUCUCGCAGUGUGGAACCCGCUCUGCAGCAGGUUGGUGUGAAAAGGCCAGUAGACAAAAUUAUGUAUAAGGUGUGACCCCAAUAAAACAGUAAAAGCUGCAGAUGCACACCCUGCAACCAUUUGGGUGGGAAAAUGGUAUUGUCAUUGUCUUUUGAACAAGAAUGAGGCCCUUUCUCUUAAGGCUACAAACUGCAGUAUUUUUUUUUUAAACUGCAGUAUUUAUGCAUGAAAUUACAUGAUGCUUUGUUAAGUGAGCUGUGAGAACAUUACAAUUUUUCUAUAUAAAUGUUUGCAUAACAUUAGGAAUAGCUGUUCUUUGAAUGCUUGGUAAAACGGCUUAGAUCUAAUGGAUUUCAUGUGGGUGAGGGUAGAUUUUAAACCACUGAUUCAAUUUCCUCGAAACUGAAUUUAGUUGUACUCAGGUGUUUUGUUUCUUGAGUAAGUUAUAUUUUCUUAGCACAAUUUUCAGUUAAUCACUUCAGAUUUACUGCAAUAAAUUUAUCCUAUCAUUUAAAAAUCUCUGCUAUACUGUAUUAUAUACUUUUUACUCCUAACAUUUCUAUUCAUAAUGUCUAACUUUAAAAAAAAAUCAAUCUUUCCAGAUGUUUGCCUAGUUUUUUUUUCCUCUUUUCAAAGGUGUCUGGGGAAUCCUUUAAAAAAUGUUUCCAGCCCUGGCCAAUGUUGCUCAGUGGUUUGGAGCAUUGUCCUGUGCAUAGAAAGGUCAAUUCCUGGUCAGGGCACACACCUGGGUUUCAGGUUCGAUCCCCAGUCAGGGUGUGUAGGGGAGACAACUGAUCAAUGUUUCCUCUCUUGCAUGGAUGUUUUUUUUUUCUCUUUCUCUCUCCCUUCCUCCCACACCUUUUGUGCUUUUUAAAGAAUACAUAUUUUUAUUGCUUUCAGAAAGGAAGGGAGAGGACGAGAGAGAUAGAAACAUCAAUGAUGAGAGAGAAUCAUUAAUUGGCUGCCUCCUGCUCACCCCACAUUGGAGAUUGACCCCGAAAUCCGGGCAUGUGCCCUGACCAGGAAUUGAACCGUGACCUGAUUCAUAGGUCAACGCUCACCCACUGAGCCACACUGGCUGGGCACCUUUUUGUGCUUUUAAAGUUUCUCUAUCCCAAAACAAGAGGCAGGGUUUGGGCAGUAGGCUAUAUAAUCACAAAUGUAUAUUCCAUAGCUAUUUUAGCCAGUCCCUGAUGUAUAGGCCUUUAUGCUGUUCUCAUUUUUUAGUAUUAUAAACAGUGCUGAAAUAAAUAUCCGGGUACAUUUGUUUUUGUGCAAUAGAUAUUUAGAAGGAGAAUUGUUGGGUUGAAGUAUAAACCCUUUUAAAAGUAUUUGGUACAUAAAAUACUAUGCAGCAAUAAAAAAGAAGAAUCUCUUACCCUUUGAGACAGCAUGGAGGGACCUGGAGAGUAUUAUGCUAAGUGAAAUAAGCCAGUCAGAGAAAGACAAGUAUCACAUGAUCGCACUCAUAUGUGGACUCUAAUUAACAAAAUAAACUGAUGAUCAGAGUGGAUCCAGAGACAUGAGAGCAUGGAACAGACUGCAAAAUUUCAGAGGGAAGGUGGGGGAGGGUGGGAAGAGAUCAACUAAAGAACUUGUGUACCCUGGCUGACUCUGAGGCAUCAAAAAGCUGUUGAACAUAACCAAGGGCAGAGGAGACAGAUCAUCUCUGAAAGUGGUGAAGGCAGCAGCCCAGGUCUUGAAUACAUUAUGGCAAAAUCAGGACCUCUGGGCAUUUAUAAAAAGGAUGGGCGGAAUCAGAACCAUUUUAUUACACCUGUGU